CUGCUGCGCGUCAAACGCGGAAAGAAGAAGAAGAAAACAGCCGAAAUACAGCGUCAGGAAGACGGAUACAAAUUACGAUAAACACAGCGGCGGGAAAACGACGCAAAGACACAACAUGCCGAAGAAGAAAGACAUCGUUAAAAGUGGCGCUCCAAUCCCUAGAAUUCGAGAAAACUCAAGACUAAUGCGCACACAUGAAAGUAUGGUAGAUUUCAUAAAUGGACGUCAUCCUGGGAGCUCCAUCCUGGACGUCUUCGCCUCUGGUUUAUUAGGUUUAGAUUUUUUAAGGAACUUUGAGGAUGACAUCAUAUAUUCAGACGAAGAUGACGAUGAAGAUGAUGAUCGCUUUUAUCCUUACAAUGCUGCUCACAAGGUGUUAGAGCCUCAUCCUCGAAUAAAACAGCUCACUGACGAGGAGGCUGAUAAACAUGCAAAGGAAUUGAUAGAAGAAGAAGAAAGGCGAAAGGAGAAAACUGAGAAGAACAAGCGUAAGAAAUUGCGUAAAAAAGAAAAGAAGCGGUUAGAAAAGGAGAAUGCAGUUAAAGACAUUUUACCUGAGGAAGAACAAGGGAAGUCAGACUCCUCAGAAAAUCAGGAAGAAAACUCUGUUAUUGAAAGUAAUGCAGAAGAAAAGAAAAAUCCUGAAUCAGGCGAAACACAAAAUGGAACUGAGGCGUCUGGAUGUGACGAGAACAGCUGUAAUAAUAAAAAAGAAAGUGUUGCAGAAAUUGAGAAAGAAGAAGACCAAAAGCAGGAUUUGGAUUUAAAUAAUUCACAUUCUUCUAAAACCAAUUCGGUGCCUAAGGAGACGUGUAACCAGAGGCCUGCCAGAGAGAGGAAAAAGGAAAAAACUAAAUCAGUAGAAGUUCAGCAGUCCAAGGAGGAAAAGCCAAAAGUUGUGGAGAAACCUGAAGUUCAAAUGAAGAAGGAAGAGAUUCAUGAACCCAAUAACGAGCAGACAGUGGAUCCCACUGUAGAGGAGUUUGCAAAAAGAAGCAGAGAGCUCGCUGGUAUGGGAAAUCGUUUGGCUGCCUCGGGACAGUACGAGAUGGCAGUGAAAUGCUUUACUGAUGCCAUUAAAUACAACCCAAAGGAAUUUAAGUUAUUUGGAAAUCGAUCGCUCUGUUAUGAAAGAAUGCAGCAGUAUGAAAACGCUCUCAGGGAUGCUGACGUAGCGCUCUCCAUGGAGCCAGACUGGAUAAAGGGUUUAUUUAGGAAAGGGAAAGCUCUGUGUGGGCUCAAGAGAUACUACGAGGCCUCGCUGAUCUACAGGGAGGUGUUGAAGCUGGAGAAGAUGAGCGCUGAAGCCAUGCAGGAGCUCAAACGAGCGCAGACGUUACACCUCAUGGAAAUGGGCUUCUCGUGGGCGCAGAGCUCUGAGGCGCUUAAAACACACGUCACUUUAGAAGAAGCUGUUGAAGCUCUGUUUGGUGGUGACAGUAAUCUGGGUGCUGGAGAUGCCAGUGCCAGUAGGGACAACGUAGAACAACCGGUGGUGCAGGAAGAAGACGACGAUGAGGGAGAGUGGAUCGUCUUACAAGCAAGUCGUCCUCGAACGCAGCAGGUCAAAGAGUCUGAUGCUUGUGGACAGAGCAGGUCGAAAUCUCAGUCGCCGACGCCUCAUUCAAAGAGUUCUGUCAAACCGGAGCUUUUCCCCGUUUGGGUCGGAUCUUUGGCUCCUGCUGUCACCUACUCAACGCUCCAUGAGCUCUUCAGCAGAGCUGGGACGGUCUACAGCAUCAAGAUGCUGCUGGAACACCAGUGUGCCUUCGUCAACUACACCAGGAAGGAGGACAGUGACCGAGCCAUCCAGUGUAUCAACGGGAUGGUGGUGGAGGGCGCGCCACUCUCUGUCAGAUAUCCAAACAGAUUCCACAAUGGACUCGGUGCAUCCAGAUCGGCCGCCACUGACCCCUUUUCACGCUCCGGGCCGUACAAGAAGGAGUGCUUUUUCUGGAGGACGACGGGCUGCACGAGGUCGGACUGCACCUACAGACACGUCCCAGAGCACAAGAACAUCGACAAGGACAAAUUCACCAGUAGGCUGGGAAACUUUCACAUGUAGGAGAAUAAAAAGACGAGCACGUGUUGUUUCCUUUGACAGGCGACACAGUGGUGGAGCCAAACUGUUGAUAGUCGCCUCUGUUCAGUCUGGUUUGGGUUCUGGUGUUUUUUGGAGAUGUCUGCACCAUGACGGCCCACCACUGUUGCACCAACACAAAGGAAACAACCUCCAUUAAACUACUGCAUCCUAGUAAUAAUUCAUGAGCAUCAUCAGGCUGUGAGCAUUCCUCUGUUAUUGGAUUAUGUCAGGGAUUAUCUGUGAUGAUUAAUCUGUUUAAAGAUUGUGUUCACUUGAUUUUUACUUUGGAGCUUUGCUUUGUUUUAAAAUGGGUUGAGCAGAUUGUUCUGUUGGUUGUUCAGUCACCACUAGGUGGCACCGUUAUCUUUAUCCCUCAGCUUUGGGGCUACAAACGAUUCUGCUUUCAUUUUAAAGGCUGUGACUGAUGAGUAGUUUUGCUAUCGGCACAUUUAAUGUGCCAUGUUUGAUUCUGAAGCUGUGCUCUGUAAUCUGAUUACUGGGGUGCUGGGUGUGUUUCAUGUGUGGGCCGGUUGAGUUCAGUGUGUAUAAAUGUUGUAAUGAUGUGUGUGAUGGAGAAUCUGUUUCAGUGUCGUGAUGUUUGGACACAAACUGUCACACAAUAAGUGCCUUUUAGUAGCACUGUGGCUGCAGCUGAUCAGGGCUCAGCCCAGAGGGGAUUAAAGCUCAACUCCGAAUGUGUGAGGGACAGUUUGGAUCCUCUGAAGUGAAGCUGUGUGAGGUAGUGAUCCAGAGUCAGUGUGUUACCUACAGUAGAUGUCAGUUGGCACACCUCUGAUUUAGAGAAGCAGGCUGGAUCACUGACUCUGCAGCUAAACAAUGUACUGCUGUGGACGGAGGGCGCAUGAAACGAAUUUUAGCCACCUGACUGUGGAUCAGUGCCACACACCCCCACUUCAAAUGAUCCAAACGGUCCCUUUUAAAGAUGUGCCGUACAUUCAUAUAUAAAGUAAAGACCAAAGACGUGGUGUAGGUGGAGCAGUAGAGAUGAGCCUGGUUAUGAGUCGCAUCAAAGAAUAAUAAACUCACCCUCAUGAUCACUACUGACUAUCGAGGCCUCAGCAUGUACCUCAGUGUAAUUUCAACUGUCACUCUGAGCAGACAUGACAUGCUGCUCUCCCACUCUUUGCUGUUUGAUAUAUGACUGUGCAGCAACAAUCCUCCUCACUCCCCCUCCAGAGAAGUUUGGAGUUGGAGUAAUUGAGUGCGUUUCUUUGAGUGCAGGGACACAUAAUCUAAUUUUUAUUCUAAUUCUGUGGUUUUCUUCAUGAGUUUUUGGUUAAAAUCUGAGCCAGAAAUCUCCACUUCACCAUCCACCAAACUGUCCAGUGUUACUCUCAUCUUUACUCUGAAGUUUUUAACAAUUUACAAAGAGACUUUUUAGGAUUUAUUAAGUGAUAAAAAGAGAUACUUAAAAUGUGCUCUGUAAAAACUUUGAUUCUAAUAUAAAGACAACGUUAAACAAGAAUUUGAAACGUGGUUUUAUCCAACGUCCAGAUCUUUGUUCUGGUUUUAAAUGCAACAAGUGCACAUUUAAACAUGAGAUUGUGGAAAACUUUGGGACCGCCCUGUUAUUAAAGAUUACUGCAGAGAGACACACAAAGCCCUUCAAGAUAUUUUCAAAUGUGCUGUACCGAGAGAGAAUAUGUUUAGAUUUUUGGAAUGUUGUCAGGAGACCAAUGGAUAACGAAUAUACUGCUGCUGGCUCGAAGAAAAAGACUCACCAGGAAAUGUCUGUCACAGGAGAGCCCAGCCCUAAAGAUAUGGACGCACAUUUACAGAACGGAGAAGAUAACGGUAUUUAUUAACUGUUAAAGACAACAACUUGUUGCACACCGAGCAUAACUGAGAUCAUUUAUUCCACUCGCCUUGGGAACAUCCAGCUGUUGAAACACUGGUUAGAAGUGAUAUUUCUGAUGUCAGUGUUUCUCGGUGUUAAUGUCCCAGUAAGCUGCUCACUGGGCCUGAAACUGGACAAAAUGUUGGAGUCACUGUUGAGCGCCUGUGGACGCUGGGUUGAUUCUCUACUAAGAGACUAAAUUAAACAGCCUGCUUCACUGUCGUCCAGUCAGUCUGUGGUUUCAAUCGGGGAAAAUUGCAAUACUGAUAAUUCAAGGAUUUUCGUGAUCUCUUGGGACGACCAAAUAUUGAAAGUAUACCAUUAAAUACUCAGUGGAUCGAGGUCAAGUCAGGGCUCAGAUUGGCUGGACUACAGGAGACUCCUGGCUGAAGGAAUUCCUGGACUUGUUAAACAUGUUACAUGCCCCUUUAAAAAAAAAAAAACACAAACCAUAUUGUCACAUCACAGACAGACUCCUCCUGACUCAGUGACGCCACCAUGUGUUAAGAACUGAGCAUCGACUCGAGUUCAUUUUGUCAUGUUCCUGCUCUGCUGCUGUAACUUGUGUUUUAAACAAUUUAAAGUAAUAACUCUUAUGUAUUUAUUAUUCAGCAGAUCUUGGGACUGUAGCAGAUUUAUUUAUUGGCAGUGCUGAGGAGGAACUACUGACAUGUAACAGAGUUAAUUAUAUUACAAAAUAAAUGUAAUCAGUUACAGUUACUGAGAAAAGAAUAUGUAAUUAAAUUACAGUUAAAUUACAAUUUCAUUUGAAUUAAAAACUUAUAUGUAGAAAAAACAAA